UAUCGUGGCCAUCAAUCACCCUUUUUUGUAAGAUAUCUGUGCAACGUUUCGAGUCUCGGAAAUCUUGCAUAAGUGUCAUUUUCGAUUCGUAUCGAGUCUGUAUUAGAGAAGUACAUAGAAAUAUGGUGUAUACUUGUUGGGUGUGCAAGUGGCGAGGAGAUAAAGAACCUAAAAGAUCAUUUCAUAAGUUUCCUUCCUGUGAAAAUGAGAGGAAAAAAUGGAAACAUAUUCUAGGAAUUAACGUAGUUUUGGGAGCUCGAACUACAAUUUGUUCAUUACAUUUCACAGAAGACUGUUUUCAUUAUGGUGUUCAUGGAAGGAGAUUAUUAAAAGAGGGCAGUUUUCCAUCAUUAUAUCUCCCAACACCAGCAGUUGCAUUUGUACUGGAAGAAAGAACUGGACCGUUAACUAAUGAGUCUGAAUGCUCUACUAAGAACAUUGCUAUAAAAAGGAAAUGGCAUGCUGGAAUUGAUAUAAAACCAGGUAUUUGCGAAGCAGCAUUAGAAAUAUUAACAGAAAAACAUGUUAAAGCUAAUAACACUGGAAAAAAGCUUGUGCUGGAAAUUCCUGCACAAUGUCGUACAGGAAUAUUUUGA